UCACCAUUUCAUCCCCAUCUCCAUUAGAACUCCAUUCCUUCCUUCCUUCACAUAAAGAGCUCAAAAACCUUUUAGUGGGAAGAAGAAAUAGAGAUUGCAUCAAUGGCCACGAAAGUUGCCGGGCAGCAGUGCGAGGCCUCGAACGGAGCCCAGAACCAGGCCGGGGGGCACCAAGAGGUUGGCCACAAGAGCCUUUUGCAGAGCGAUGCUCUCUUUCAGUAUAUACUAGAGACCAGUGUUUACCCGAGAGAGCCAGAGCCCAUGAAGGAGCUCAGGGAGCUGACUGCUAAACACCCGUGGAACAUAAUGACAACAUCAGCAGAUGAGGGGCAGUUCCUGAACAUGCUGCUGAAGCUCAUCAAUGCCAAGAACACCAUGGAGAUCGGCGUCUACACCGGCUACUCCCUCCUCGCCACCGCCCUCGCCCUUCCCCAAGAUGGAAAGAUAUUGGCAAUGGACAUCAACAGGGAGAACUACGAAUUGGGCCGACCCAUAAUCGAAAAGGCAGGAGUUGCCCACAAGAUUGACUUCAGAGAAGGCCCCGCCCUCCCCGUCCUCGAUCAGAUGAUCCAAGAUGGGAAGUACCACGGGUCGUUCGACUUCAUCUUCGUCGACGCGGACAAGGACAACUAUCUUAACUACCACAAGAGGCUGAUCGAGUUGGUCAAGGUUGGUGGCCUGAUUGGUUAUGACAACACCCUGUGGAACGGAUCCGUGGUGGCCCCACCCGAUGCCCCGCUCAGGAAGUAUGUGAGGUACUACAGGGACUUCGUCCUGGAGCUUAACAAGGCCCUGGCCGCCGACCCCCGGAUCGAGAUUUGCAUGCUCCCCGUCGGCGACGGGAUCACCCUCUGCCGCCGGGUUAGCUAAGCAGCCUGAAGCGAGAAAUGUCGAGAGAAAGGAGAGGGAAAAAAAUGAAACUGUAUUGUCUUAUUUUUACAUGUUCUUCUUAUUCCAUUUCUAUUUGUGAUGUUUAAAGAAUGUAUUUGGUGAUGGAAGUGGGGCAGUCGAGGAACCCCCAAUAAUGUUUAAAGAAAAUGAUCAUUUGACUUCUAAA